AUGAUUACAAGAAGCCAGGCUAAGGCCCUAGAUGAGAUGAAAGCCUUUCAUGGAGAGCCACCUGCAUGGGCAAAUACCCGUCCGGCUCUCUGUGAUGCUAUUGAAUGGUUCCGCUCCGUACAAGGAGGAAGCUAUCAGCAUGACAAACUAUGCUUUGGUUUCCUCGUGGAUGGGUGCAAUGGUGCUCGCCCUUACCUUGACGAGGAAGUCAUUAUUACUCGCAUGGGUGGAGAUAGCGAAAAAGUCUCAGAGAGCGAACUGGUUCUCAAAAAAGAUCAGGAAUGGGGCGGUAUCAUUAUCACCGCUAUCAUGGCUGCCUUCAACAUUGACCAGCCUGUGGGCCUCGUGAUCGGCAAGUUGUUGUAUUCCCAUGGAUUCCAACUCCCGCACCGCUACUGUGUUAUGGACUACUUCCGCAUCACAGACGUGUGGCAUGAAAGAAUGGGAACACACGCAGGCUUCCGGAUUCGCUUUGAAAAACUCGAUCUCUCGACCAAAAGCUGGUGGGCACCUCGCGGCUCCCUGGAUCCUCCUCCUCUGGCCCUUCGCAACUUCAAUAUGUUGCCAUCAAGCCAAAUGUGUAGCACAUGCGGGAAGGCCAGUACCCAGAUUUACAUGGAAGGAUGGAUGUGUCUUGAGCCUGAAUGCUCGAAAUUCUGGAAGAUCGGAAACGCCGAUCCGACCAACCUUACAUAUCAUCCUGACUUCCUGAGCUACCGCAGCCUGGGAUUGCCGGGUAGGCCAGCCCCGGGUCCUCUGGUCAACACUGCAGACAGAAAGCUCAGGGAGUGGGAUAGAACUGUGGAUCGCAAUGCGUGGAGAGGCAUUGUGUGUCCCGACUGCAAAAAGUGCCUUCAGCGCAUCCUGUGGUGCGGCUGGAAAUGCUCAGUCGAUCCAGCACUGGGACCUCACGAGUCCUGUUGCUACCAGGCAUUCAGGAAUAUUAUUCCUGUUUCCAUUAAAACAGUCAUCGCUGGCGUCAAGAGCUACGGUCGGAACCAAUUGACCUGCCGUAUCCAACCAUCAAUUGACCCGAAGUCAUGCAAGCCGUAUGAAACACGCACCUAUGUUCUCCCAGGCGUGGGAUCAAUUACACACUUUGUUUCCAACAAGGGCAUCAAUGAGCGCCCAGGCGGUCCACACGACUUGUUCAGGAAUCUUCAAAACGUCGACCUUGGUCUCAGACGGUAUCCGCUGUCGCAGGCCGUGGUGGGAGGCACCCUUACCGGUCACUUUGUGGGCAUGCCAUAUAAGUACGUGGUUUCAGUAGACUCCAGGGCAUUUAGUGGGGCUCCUCCUGUCAUCCUCGCUGCCCUGGGACGCCUAUCAUGGGCGACCGAAAAGGCCGUCAUCAAUGCUGGUGAUGAUUAUCUACCACCAAAUGAGCUGCUAGCUCUUGGUUACUUUGAGGGAAUGAAGAUUGGGUAUCAUGACGACGGAGAAAGCACGCUUGGCCCAACCAUUGCCACCCUUUCCCUAGGUUCCAAGUCCAAGAUGUGCAUCCGCAUGAAAGCCAAGUACUACAAUGGAGCCACGAAGGCGAAUGUUCCCCUGGCCAUUGAUCCAGUUCUGGGGGGCUGCAAUGGAGAACAAGAACGGCGACUACUCAAGGAUGAAUUUGAAGCCGGCCAGCUCACCGAGGAGGAAUACCGGGCAGAGCGCGAAGGAAUGCUCAGAACACUGAAGUCUCGCGCGAACCCCCCGGACAUGAUCAAGUUAGAGCUGCAGCAUGGUGAUAUGGUCGUGAUGCAUGGUGCCGAUCUGCAGAAAUACUUCGAGCAUUCGGUGAUACCCGAGCAGCGGCUGCGGUUCGCUUUGACCUCACGGUACAUUGUGCCGGAACUGAUUCCCCCCGAGCAGCACUGGAAAGGUGAAUUUGAGCUGCGGGGCGAUCAGAUCUACAACGGCCAGUGA